AUGUUUUUAUACAAUCUAACCAUCAGCCCAACAACAGCCAUUAACCAGGCAAUCCACGGUAAUUUCUCUGGCACUAAGCAACAGGAAAUCAUCGUGGCACGGCAAACACGCUUAGAAUUACUAAAGCCUGACCCAACUUCAGGAAAGAUACACACGAUUCUUUCACAUGAAUGCUUUGGGCUAGUUCGCAGUAUUGCUCCAUUCAGGCUCACUGGUGGCAACAAAGAUUUCAUUGUCGUUGGUUCUGACUCGGGUCGUAUUGUCAUUUUAGAAUACAACCCAACAAAAAACAUAUUUGAAAAAGUGCACCAAGAAACUUAUGGAAAGACAGGCUGUCGUCGUAUCGUACCAGGUCAAUAUCUGACUGCCGAUCCCAAAGGUCGAGCAGUUAUGAUUGGCGCUGUUGAAAAGCAAAAGCUUGUUUAUAUUCUUAAUCGCGAUUCAGCUGCCAAUUUAACCAUCUCUUCUCCCUUGGAAGCUCACAAGAGUCACACUAUUAUUCAUCACAUUACUGCUGUUGACGUCGGUUUUGAAAAUCCAACAUUUGCCUGUCUUGAAGUGGACUAUUCAGAUGCUGACACCGAUCCAUCAGGUCAAGCUGCGGAAAGCGCCGAGAAGAGUUUGACUUAUUACGAACUAGAUCUUGGCUUGAACCAUGUUGUAAGAAAAUGGAGCGAAGUUGUAGAUCGCAAAGCUAAUAUGCUCAUUCCAGUCCCUGGUGGGAACGACGGCCCUUCAGGUGUUUUGGUCUGUACAGAAAACUUUAUUGCCUACAAACACCCAGACGCAGAAGAGCUUCGAAUUCCUAUUCCUCGUCGUGCUCAGCCAUUAGAAGAUCCAAAGAGAGGUAUCAUCAUCAUCGCAGCAGCAGUUCAUAAGAUGCGUGUUGAAAAGAAGACACAAUUCUUCUUUUUAUUGCAAUCAGAAGAAGGUGACCUGUACAAGGUCACCAUGGAUCAUGCAGAUGGGACGGUUCACGAUUUGACCAUCAAAUACUUUGACACUAUUCCAACUGCAACUUCAUUAUGCAUCUUGAAGAGUGGUUUCCUUUUUGCAGCAAAUGAGUUUGGAAACCAUCGCCACUAUUUCUUUGAAGGACUUGGAGAUGAUGCUGAUGACCCAGAAAUAUCAGCCACGGUUUAUAUGGAGCAAGAGGCAAGCUCAGAUGAAAUACCUCUUGUUUAUUUUAAGCCUCGACCUUUGAAGAAUUUGACACUUGUUGAUGAAUUGGAAUCAUUAGCGCCCAUGAUGGAAUCCAAGAUAUUGAAUUUGGCAGACGAAGAAACACCUCGUAUAUAUGCCAUUUGUGGAAAAGGUCCAUUGUCCACUUUCCGUAUCCUCAAUCAAGGCGUGGAAGCCGCAGAGUUGGCUGUAAGUGAGCUGCCAGGUAACCCAAGCGCUGUGUGGACAACCAAGCUUCGAGCUGAUGAUCCAUAUGACGCUUAUAUCGUCGUUUCAUUCGCCAAUGCUACACUCGUUCUAUCUAUUGGUGAAACAGUGGAGGAAGUAACAGAUACCGGCUUCUUGACCGACGCACCAACAUUGGCUGUUCAACAGUUGGGAGAAGAUGCACUGGUCCAGGUUCAUCCACACGGUAUCCGUCAUAUUCGUGCCGAUCGUCGUGUGAACGAAUGGAGAGCACCUCAAGGACAGACGAUUGUUGAGGCGGCUACUAAUAGUCGACAGGUGGCAAUUGCGUUAUCAAAUGGACAAAUCGUUUACUUUGAAAUGGACAACAUGGGACAAUUGAAUGAACACCAGGAGCGUAAGCAAAUGUCUUCACAUAUUACCAGUUUAGCCUUAGGUGAGGUGCCCGAAGGCCGUGUAAGAUCACGCUAUGUCGCUGUCGGUUGUGAUGAUCAGACUGUUCGUAUUUUGAAUCUUGAUCCUGACUCAUGCUUGGAACCUGUUUCGAUGCAAGCUGUUCAAGGUGUCCCUUCUAGUUUGUGUAUGAUUGAAAUGAUGGAUACCGAUCAAGGUCAUGGUACACAAUAUCUUAACAUUGGUCUCAGCAAUGGUAUCUUUCUUCGAACCAUCCUUGACACUAUCACUGGUCAACUGUCAGACACUCGUGCUCGAUUUAUUGGAGCAAAGAGUGUCAAGCUGUUCAAGAUCUCUAUUCAAGGACAUCCUGCUGUUUUGGCUUUAUCUACUAAGCCAUGGGUUAGCUAUACUUUUCAAAAUAGACUCUAUCUCACACCUCUCAGUUAUGAAAUGCUGGAACAUGGUAGCGCAUUUGUUAGUGAACAAUGUCCUGAAGGUGUUGUAGCUGUAGCAGGAAACACACUAAGAAUCUUUACAGUAGAGAAAUUAGGCAGUAUAUUCAAUCAAUUUUCUAUUCCAUUAAAGUACACGCCUAGAAAAUUUGCUCUUCACCCUCCAACACGUACAUUUGUUAUUGUGGAAAGUGAUCACGCAACGUUUUCUCCUGCAGAAAAGGCAAAAGGAAUUAUAGAAAAAGAGAAUGAAGGAUAUGAGAUUGACGAAGAUAUCAUCAACCUUGACCCUCUUCAAUUUGGUCAUGUUCGUAACGCCCCCGGCAAGUGGGCAAGUUGCAUUCGUCUGAUAGAGCCAUUUGAAGGCAAGACAUUAGACUUGAUUGAAUUGGAGGAAAACGAAGCGGCCUUCAGCGUUGCCAUGGUACAGUUCCGUCACAACCCUCAUGCGUCUGAUCCCUCCGAGCAAUUCGUUGUUGUUGGUACAGGACAGAAUGUGAACUUGUCACCUCGUUCAUGCACAACCGGAUAUUUGCACGUCUAUCGAGUGGUACAAGCAGAAAAUGGACAAUUACGUCUUCAUUUCAUACACAAGACACCUAUUGAUGACGUGCCUAAUGCCCUAUUAGCUUUCCAAGGACGACUUUUGGUUGGUGCAGGAAAGGCGCUUCGUAUAUACGACAUUGGUAAGAAGAAGAUGCUGCGAAAGUGUGAAACAAAGAGUAUCCCCAAUGCCAUUGUUUCAUUACAUACACAAGGUCACAGAAUUAUAGCUACAGAUGUGCAAGAAUCUGUGCACUAUGUUAUAUAUAAGCAUGCAGACAAUCGGUUGGUCGUGUUUGCAGACGAUACCGUUCCAAGAUGGAUAACAGCAACCACCAUGGUGGAUUAUGAGACAGUAGCUGGAGGAGAUAAAUUUGGCAAUUUCUUUGUCGAUCGUCUGCCUUCAAUUGUUUCUCAUGAAAUAGAUGAAGAUACGACUGGUAAUAGAAUCUAUCAUGAAAAAGGGUAUCUCCAUGGUGCCCCUAAUAAGGUCGAAAGCUUAUGUGAAUAUUUUACUGGAGAUAUCAUUACAUCCAUUCACAAGACAACCCUCUUGGCAGGAGGUAGAGAAGUCUUAUUGACUACAUCAUUCUCAGGAGCAAUCUCUAUUUACGUUCCAUUCUUAUCAAAAGAAGAUAUCGAAUUCUUUCAGAUGCUUGAAGUGCAUAUGAGAGCAGAAGCGCCUCCACUUGCUGGACGAGACCAUCUGCUUUAUAGAAGUUUCUACAUACCUGUCAAGUCUGUUAUCGAUGGUGACUUGUGUGAACAAUUCAAUUCACUGCCUGCAGAAAAGAAGCGUAUGAUUGCUGAGGAACUUGAUCGAUCAGUGGCCGAUGUUCAAAAGAAGAUCGAAGAUAUGCGUAUACGUUCUGGAUUCUAA